AUGUCAGAAAGAGCGUUGAGGCGGACCACUUUCAGUGGGAGAUUACUCCGAUUCAAAGAGGAAGAAGAGGAAAUCGAUAGAAAAACGGCAAUUAUCAAAGGUGGAAUUUACAUGGUUCUCGACAUCGUUAUUGUGCUCGCCAUCAGUUGCUCGUUGUUUCUUUGGUUUACGGGUGCCGGAAUUGAACCAUACGAAAGGUCAAUGCCAUGUGGAGAUAUGUCUAUUCAGCAGCCAUUCAAAGAGAACACUGUCGGAUUGAAGCACCUCCUCGCCGUCACUCUCGGCUCUCCAUUCUUUAUUGUAGCUCUGGUCGAAGCUAUUCUUCACUACAAAUCCAAGGGAUCGAACCGCCUUGCCAAGUUUUUCUCUGCCACGACCAUCACAUAUCUCAAAUAUCUAUUGAUGUAUGCAGCGUGUACCUUUGCUAUGGAAUUUCUGAAGUGCUACGUUGGUCGUCUUCGUCCCCACUUUAUCAAUGUAUGCAACCCGGACUGGUCUAAAGUUGACUGUAGUGACAAAGAAAGUUUCAUUGAUCCAAGUGAACUGGUCUGCACCAACCCAAAUCCUCGCAAGAUUCGUACCGCUCGUACUUCAUUUCCUUCUGGACACACUGCCGCUGCCUUCCAUGUUUUCCUCUUCGUUUAUAUCUAUUUAAGAAGAAUGGCGACAAACACCGGGAUCAAGGAGAUCAUCACAGUUCGAAACAUUCUUGUGCCGACGUACGCUAUUUGGACACUGGUCUGUGCUGUCACCAGGGUCACCGAUAAUUGGCAUUUCCCAACUGACGUCCUUGGUGGCGUCAUCCUGGCUAUCGUCUUCAUCGUUCCGGCAUUUAAAAACUCUUGGACAUCUGCAGAAAUGAUCUACCGUACCCGUAAAAUCCUCCCAUCAGAAAAUGUCGUUAAAAUCGAUUAG